CCUUUUGCCACUUAUUCCUCCCCCUGCAUCAAUGAGCUCCACUUCCUAGAGAGGAAACAAGAUUUUUAAAAAGAAAAGAAAAAGGGGGAAGGUCAGAGGGGAAGGAUCUCCCUCCUCCUUUUUGGAAGAGAGAAGGCCUGGAGAGGAGGAGGAGGAAGGGCCACAGAAUUGGGAGGUUUGGGGAGGGAGAGAAGAGUCUGCUUCUCCUCCCCUAGUUCUAGGUACAGGAUUUACUGGCACCUCUGAUUCAUACAGACAGAACAUAGCAGAAGACCCAGAGAUUCCUUCUGAUAUCUUGGAGGUUUCCUGAGAGCCCAGAUGGAGGAGCAAGACUCAGCUGGCCCUGAAGCGGGAAGAAGCCAUGCCACUCAAACUGAGGAAAGUGGGGGAUUCUGGGAAAACUCCAUGCAAAGGAUCCUGGGUGAGGAAGACACUCUUUGCUCCGAUGUGCCGAGCCAACAGUUCAGGCAGUUCUGCCACCAGGAGGCCAAAGGACCCCAAGAGGUUUGUGGUCGAUUCUACGACCUUGACCAUCAAUGGCUGAAGCCAGAAAGGCACACGAAAGCUGAGAUGCUGGACCUGGUGAUCUUGGAGCAGUUUCUGGCUGUCCUUCCCCUGGAGAUGGAGAGCUGGGUGAGGGAAUGUGGAGCAGAGACCAGUUCCCAGGCGGUGGCCCUGGCUGAAGGUUUCCUCCUGAGUCAGGCAGAGGAGAGGAAGCAGGGAAAGAAUCUGUUACCAGAAAUAGGCCCCAAUUCCUUUGAGGCAGAGAGGACCCUGUUGGACACCAGAGAGAGACCACUGGGUGAGAGAACGAUGCCAGCAAGACUUCCUCCUCCCUUUUUUCAUGGUGGUGAAGGGGAAGCAGCGGCUGUGGAACCAGAUCAGGGUCCAGUGUGCUUUGAAGAUGUCGCUGUUCGUUUCUCAGACGAGGAAUGGGUGUUGCUGGAUCCUGACCAGAGAGCUCUGCAUAAGGAAGUCAUGGAGGAGAAUCGUGGGAUCCUGGACUCUCUCGGUGGUGAUGAAUUGGAAAUGAAGAAUGGAGACCACAACAGAAUCCACUCAGUGGAGAAUCCAUAUCAAGACAGGGAGUGUGAAGAGAGCUUCAGUCAGAGCUCCCGUUCCCAUCAAAUAAAGCACAGUGGGAAGAAAAGCUAUCAGUGCUCAGAAUGUGGGAAGAUCUUCACUCGUAGCGCCACUCUCACUUCCCAUCAAAGAAUUCAUACUGGAGAGAAACCUUAUCGGUGCUUGGAAUGCGGGUGGAACUUUAAUACACUACCAAACUUCCAUCGACAUAAAAGUAUUCACCGUGAGGAGAAAUCAUAUCAGUGCUUGGAAUGUGGAAAGGGAUUCAGGUGGAAGAGUAGUCUUGCUUCCCAUCAAAUAAUUCACACAGGUGAGAAUCCCUAUCAAUGCUUGGAAUGUGGGAAGAACUUUAAUAGAAGCACAAGCUUCCAUCGACAUCAAAGAAUUCAUCUUGCGGAGAAACCCUUUAAAUGCCAAGAGUGUGGAAAGAGCUUCAGUCAGAGCACAAAAUUCAAUGCCCAUCAAAGAACUCACAGCGGGGAGAAACCCUAUAAGUGCUUGGAUUGUGGAAAGAGUUUCAGUCAGAGGGUGAAUCUCACUACCCACCAAAUAAUUCAUUCAGGGGAGAAACCUUUUCAAUGCCUUGAGUGUGGAAAGAGCUUUAGUCGCAACUCCCAUCUCACUUCCCAUCAAAUGAUUCACACAGGAGAGAAACCAUAUAAGUGCUUGGAAUGUGGACAGAGCUUCAUCCAGAAGGCAAGGCUCACUUCCCAUCAAAUAAUUCACAGUGGGGAGAUGCCAUUUCAGUGUCCAGAGUGUGGAAAGAGCUUCACAAGGAAGGAAGGUCUCAUGCUCCAUCAGAGAAUUCAUACAGGGCAGAAACCAUUUCAAUGCUUGGAAUGUGGAAAGAGCUUCAGUCGGAACUCCUAUCUCACUUACCAUCAAAGAAUUCAUACAGGGGAGAAACCAUUUAAAUGCCAAGAAUGUGGAAAGAGCUUCAAUCAUAAGGUAAGUCUCACAUCCCAUCAGAGAAUUCAUACAGGGGAGAAACCAUAUCAGUGCCCGGAAUGUGGAAAGAGCUUUAGUCACAGGGCCAAUCUCACAUCCCACCAGAGAAUUCAUACAGGGGAGAAACCCUAUCAGUGCUUGCAGUGUGGAAAGAGCUUCGGUCAGAGGGUGCAGCUCACAUCCCAUCAAAUAAUUCAUACAGGAGAGAAACCGUAUGAGUGCUUGGAAUGCGGACAGAGCUUCAGCCAGAAGGCAAGUCUCACUUCCCAUCAAAAAAUUCAUACAGGGGAGAAACCUUAUCAGUGCUUGGAAUGUGGAAAGAGCUUCAGGACGACCAACCAUCUCACUUCCCAUCAGAUGAUUCAUACAGGGGAGAGACCAUAUAAGUGCUUGGAAUGCGGAAAGAGCUUCAGUCACAACCACAAUCUCACUUCCCAUCAAAGAAUCCAUACUGGGGAGAGACCUUAUCAGUGUUUGGAAUGCGGAAAGAGCUUCAGUUGGAAAGAAGGUCUCAAUUCCCAUCAAAUAAUUCACAGCGGGGAGACACCAUUUCGAUGUCAAGAGUGUGGAAAGACCUUCAGAAGGAGGGCAGGUCUCAUGCUUCAUCAAAAAACUCAUAUAGGGCACGGACCGUAUUAAAAAUGUGGGAACAGCUUCUCUUCCAAGAGGAGUCUAGCUUCCCAUAAAGAAAUUCAUACCGAGGGACAGCGUAUCAGUGCUUGAAAUGUAGGAAAGGCUUUGAUAAAAGCACAUACUUCCAUCAACAUAACAUUAGUCACCGAGGGCAGAAACUAUUUCAGUGCCAAGAAUAUGGAAGGAGUUUCAAUCUCACACCCAAUCAAAAAAACUCACAGCAGCAAGAAGCCAUAUCAGCGCAUGGAAUGUGGAAAGAGAUUGGGUAAGGGGGCCAGUUUCGUCGCAAUAGGUAUAUAUAGGAUUUUAAUUUUGGGAGACUUUGAUUAGUAUGUGGGCAAGGACUGGAAGAAUGUUCUUGUCAUUCAGCAACCCAGCAAGAGAACUUGACCAGAGGGGCAUUUUUGACAGUGUCUCACGUAUAUUCCUCAAGCAGGUGACCUUCCAACUGAAGUGUGGAACAAAUAAGGAGAGUAAUAAAAAAAUUCCUUCAGUAGCACCUUAAAGACCAACUAGGUUUUUAUUUUGG